GUGAUUAAUUGGGAAACGACGCUUCAUAUACCGAAACAAGCCAAUCUGUCGCAAGAAAGUACGGACUUAAUACUGAAACUUUGUGCCGACGCGGAUCGUCGCUUGGGCAAAAACGCAAACGAGGUGAAAAAUCAUCCGUUCUUCGCGAGUAUCGACUUCGAGAAGGGAUUACGACGCCAAAUGGCCCCGCAUAUACCUCGUAUAGAAUAUCCGACCGACACGAGUAACUUCGAUCCCGUCGAUCCCGAAAAGUUACGCAACUCAGAAUCGUCGGAUUCAAACAAAUCGGAUGAAUUGCUGGACAAUGGCAAGCCAUUUCACGGCUUCUUCGAGUUCACAUUCAGACGUUUUUUCGACGACGGCGGUGGUCCUGCGUAUCCUAGUCGAAUCAGUUUGGACGACAACGAUAAUCAAGGUCCUGUUUACGUAUGACAUUAGGCUAAGCUUAUAUACGAUUUAUAUAUGUGAGCACUUUAUUGCUGCCUAUAUUAUUUUGCCGUUUGAAUACUUCUAUCUACCGUUCAUCAUUUUCUCCGUUCGACAUUUUUAUAGCUUGACAUGAUUUACCACGUCCAUAACAAUUUUGCUCUUUUAGACACACAUUUUAUUAUACUCCACCUUGCCAUAUACAUUUGACGACUUUCUAUCCGAUAUUUAAAAUAUUGUAGUAAUAAUACUACUUUGAGUAGUAAAUACUACUGUCAUAAUGACUAAAGUUAGCUUCUCGAUUGCAAAGAAGGUAUAUUAUACAUGUAGAGUGAAGAUCGUAUGUCUUUGACUUGAUUCUUGAGUUAGACGCAUCAAGUUUAGACAUUUGCAUCAUGUGUGUUAGCUCUGAAGAUAAUCACCAAAUUGAUAAUGCAUGUAUGUAUAUAUAUAUUGCAUGUAUGUAUAUAACAAUUUUGCUCUUUUAGACACACAUUUUAUUAUACUCCACCUUGCCAUAUACAUUUGACGACUUUCUAUCCGAUAUUUAAAAUAUUGUAGUAAUAAUACUACUUUGAGUAGUAAAUACUACUGUCAUAAUGACUAAAGUUAGCUUCUCGAUUGCAAAGAAGGUAUAUUAUACAUGUAGAGUGAAGAUCGUAUGUCUUUGACUUGAUUCUUGAGUUAGACGCAUCAAGUUUAGACAUUUGCGUCAUGUGUGUUAGCUCUGAAGAUAAUCACCAAAUUGAUAAUGCAUGUAUGUAUAUAUAUAUAUAUACAGGGUAGGCCAUUUUAAU